AUGAAGUUAGCAGCACUAAUAAGCUGUGCAAUUACGGCAUUGACAAAUGUCUCUCUGGCCAAAUCAGAUAAAGUCCAAACAAUCUGCAACAACCAGAGACUUGGCGAACUCAAUGAUUCGCUCUCAUAUUAUCCAAACGCUUGGAACAAGAAAAGUCCCAAGAGCGGCUUUGUGUGUUUAAAGGUAGACAACAGCACGCCUGCGUUUGAUGCGACGUGGAACUGGGAUAAAAACAUCCAAGACGUGCAUUCCUUUCCCUACGUACGCUUCAACCAUAAAGACCUCCCUAUACGCCUCAGCAAUCUCAAAUCCAUCCGCCUUUCCACAGAUUGGAUAUACAGCCCAGGUAACCCCAGCAAACCACCACGAGACUUAAGUAGUACGUCAUGGGCAGUAAACAAGGCCAAGUUGGAGAGUGAAGGUGUCCAGGCCAAUGCAGCGUGGGACUUUUUCCUCGAUGAUGAUCGGAAUAGAACACUUUACCCUCAAGUUGCAGCCAUUGAGUUCAUGGUAUGGCUGGGACGCGUGGGAGAUCCGUGGUGGCUGGGUCGAGAGAACAACAGCAUUCUCUCGAAUGUGACCCUGGGCGAGACAGAAUUUUCAUUAUUCUACGGCCGCAAUUCAGGCGGAACGCAUGUCUUUACUGCCGUCACGCGUGAUAACCAAGAUAUUUUAUCAUUCGACGAAGACUUUUAUCCACUCUUUAAAUACAUCCUCGAGCAAGCACACAAGCACAUCGACACACCAGAAGACCUACCAAAGAACCCUUGGCUGGGGAUUGUCGAGUUUGGCACCGAGACUUGGCUCUCAAAUGGCAACGUGACAUUCACCGCCGCUAACUUUGGGAUGAAGCUCAGUGGGAAUGUGACAGAGAGCGGCCACAACACUACUCGUGGGGAUGGAGACGGCAAGGACAAUAAGGGCGACGAUAACAAGUCUGGAGGUAAAGGCGAAGAGGGGGAUAACUCGACGGAUUCGUCUAGUAAGGGUGACGAAGAGGAUGAUGCGGUGCGCUUAAGAAGCCAGUCGAUGCUGGGCUAUGUUGUGGCGGCAGCUGUUAUUGUCAGCGCUGUAAUGUCAUGA